UUUUUGUAUUGGGGCGGUGAAAGUUGUUUGUCUUUUCGUUUUUUCACGGUUAGGGGUCGCCGCAGCGGAACUCCGGUCCACUAAUGACUGGCAGUUGAUUUUUAUGGUGCCGAGUUGCUAGCCUGACGCCUAAAGUGGAUUUUGUUCUUUAUGUUCUAUUGUGACCAUAGAAAAACUUCUUUAUUUAACAACUUUUUUAGUUAUCCUGCGAAGUGUGACACUGGUACAUGCUACCAGGUGGCUAUAAAAGUAGCUACGAUUGCUGACAAAAACACAGUUUUUGGAAUUGUCACUUCUGAAGUUUCCCUUAGUGUGACAAUAUGACACAGUCAAUUGUUGUUCAAGUUGGUCAAUGUGGCAAUCAAGUCGGCUGCCGAUUUUGGGAUCUGGCUUUACGAGAACACGCAAGUGUUAAUAAGAAAGGAAUUUAUGAUGAAGCACUGAACAGCUUUUUUAGAAAUGUGGAUACCAGAGGUGGAGUAGAUGGUGCUGAUGUCUCAAGUGGAAAAAUUUGCUCUCUGAAGGCUCGAGCAGUACUUAUUGACAUGGAAGAGGGUGUUGUCAAUGAACUCUUACAAGGCCCACUGCAAGAGGUGUUUGACACUAAACAGCUCAUCACCGAUGUGUCAGGUUCAGGAAACAACUGGGCUGUUGGUCACAAUGUGUAUGGUUCUCAGUAUCGGGACCAAAUUUUGGAAAAGCUGAGAAAAACAGCAGAGCAUUGUGACUGCUUGCAGUGCUUCUUUGUAAUCCAUUCCAUGGGUGGAGGCACUGGAUCUGGUUUGGGGACUUUUGUGUUGAAGGUUUUGGAGGAUGACUUCCCAGAAGUGCAUAGAUUUGUAACAUCUGUUUACCCAUCUGCUGAAGAUGAUGUCAUUACCUCACCGUACAACAGUGUUCUGGCUAUGAAGGAGUUGACAGAACAUGCUGAUUGUGUACUUCCAAUUGAAAACCAAGCUUUAGUGGACAUAGUCAACAAAAUUAACCAGAUGGCCAGUUCUGGAAAGUUAGGGGCCAGUAUGAAACUAAGCAGCACUGUCACUUCAGGCCAUGGUGGAAUCAAAACACAGGAGAAGCCAUUUGAUGCCAUGAACAACAUUGUUGCCAACUUGCUGCUGAAUUUGACAAGCUCGGCAAGAUUUGAAGGUUCCCUUAAUAUGGAUCUUAAUGAGAUCACCAUGAACUUAGUUCCAUUUCCACGACUUCAUUAUCUGGUCUCAAGUCUGACACCUCUUUACACACUGGCUGAUGUUAACGUGCCACCAAGAAGAUUGGAUCAGAUGUUCUCUGACGCUUUUAGUAAAGAUCAUCAGUUAAUUCGUGCUGACCCAAAACGCAGCUUGUACCUUGCUUGUGCACUAAUGGUUCGAGGAAAUGUCCAAGUAUCAGAUUUAAGAAGAAACAUUGAAAGGUUGCAGCCCUCUCUGAGUUUCAUUUCCUGGAAUCAGGAAGGUUGGAAGACUGCUCUUUGCUCAGUACCUCCAGUUGGACAUUCCCAUUCCUUGUUAGCAGUUGCUAAUAACACGUGUGUAAAACCAACUUUCAUAGAACUCAAAGACAGAUUUGUGAAGCUCUACAGGAAAAAGGCACACCUUCACCAUUAUUUGCAGAUUGAUGGGAUGGAGCAGAGUUGUUUUACAGAAGCUUUCAACUCUUUGACUUCUUUGAUAGAAGAAUAUGACAAACUGGAUGCCACAAAGGGUUCUUUGGCUGAUGCUCCAAGACUUAGCAUUGCUGUGUAAAAAGAAAAACAAAAUGAACUAAGUGGCUUUACUAGUUUUGCUUUUCAGACAGAAUCACUGAUUUUUUUCAGUCUGCAUAAGAAAAGUGGUUGUACCCAUUUAUUUCAUGGGAAACUGUUAUGUUUGUAUUUAAUAGUUUUAUAAAAAAAAUUAUGUAGUUUAAUAUGGUAUUUUAAUUUAUUAGCAUUAAGAAAAUUAUGCCAGAUGUUUCAUCUGUGAAAAUAAUGUAUAUUUAUAUUUAUCUGUAUGCUUA